GUUCGGGCUUCUGCGCUUGCGCACUAAAAGGUAAUCUGUCAUUGGCUAGGCAUAUCACUAAGUCACAUGAUUUUGUUUCCACGGCAACUGUACACGGAAAAACUCCACAGGUAGACAGUGUUGAAGAAGAGGAGUCCAUCGACUGUCUGCAGUCUCCCAAUAUUAGCCAAGCAUAGAUGCAUAAAUAAUCUUGGAGAAAAUCACUGAGUUUGGCUCAACGUCUUCAACAUGGCAUCGGAAAUCCUUUCAAUGAACCCAGCAACCCUACUGUCCUCACCUCAGCCAUUGCAGUCUCCACCUGGAAAUGUUGGAAGACACUUGAAGCUCAGUCCCAUUAAGAUGCUUCCAAACAUUGACAGCAUGAAGAUGCUGGAACCAGGCCGUAAGAAGCUAACCUCCAUAGAAACACAAAGAGUAGUGGCAGUGCUGGAUGAAACUAUUAAAAAGCUAGAGUUGGUCAGCCUGUUUCAACAUGCCAUUGAAAAUCUGGACAGGUAUAGCGUUGUUUUUGGUGCCGAGCUGACUGGGGCACUGCGGGAACACAAGAGACUGCAGGAUAACAUGCAAAGACAUCUUCAGCGAACGAAAAGUGAAGAGCAUGAGUCCAGCUUCCAAGGGGAAAAACCAGAUAUGGCAGAAUACGCUGACAUACACUUUGGUGCACUUCGCCAGGGCGUUCAGAGCUCUGUGAGGAAUACUUUGAGGUUAUUUUUGACAAAUCCAAUGGCCUGCCAGGCUUUAAGAUCUGAUGGAAAAGUAAGGAAUCAGCCCUCACAGGCAUUGAUCCACUUUCUAUCAGAGUUGAGGGCAUUUCUUUUUGAGAUGCUCCUGACCACUCCACUAGAGCAGAAUGAGAGAAUGCGAUAUCUCCAGGAGAUAACAUUACGUGACCACAAAAACCGGGCCGUAUUGAUGGCUGUAGAAGAAGAACUUAAUGCAGCUAUUCUGGACCGGGAUACUGAGAUCGCCAAGAAAAAUGAGGUUAUCCGGCAGCUUAAAAUCAACCUGCAUCAAUUGGAAAAGUUUUCAGAAAACCAGAUAAAACGCACAGUGCAGGAGGCAGAAACGCAGCAAAAGUCAGACUGCCGAGCCUCAGAUGGGAAAAUCACAAAGCUUCAGCAGGAUCUGCAGCAAGUGAGAUCACAGCUCAAUGGUACAAUUGCAGAGAACCGCGAGAUAGAACUCAGCCUUCGAAAGAAAAAAUAUAAAGUUGAAACUGAGAUUGAGAACUGGAUCCAAAAAUAUGAUGGUGACAUGGGAGAAAAACAGGCGGAGUUAGAGGAACUUGAGGGGAUGUAUGAAGAGGAGAAGGCUCAGUUAGCCGAGCUGAAGGAGAAGCUGGCAGUCCUGGAAGUGGAAUAUGUGCAGAUCAUGGAGGAAAGACGACUGGCCCAGUUGAGGAAAGAAGAAGCAGAGAAGGAGCUGGCCAACAUGACUCGGGCAGCAAUAGUUAUCCAGGCACAUUGGAAAGGGUACCGAGUUCGCCAGUCAAUGAAGUCCAAGAAAAAGAAAAAGAAGAAAGGAAAAGGAGCAGGAGGAAAAGGGAAAGCCAAAAAGGCCAAAAAAUAAGAGAAUACAUUACACCGUAUAGAGAAACAUUCUGACACACCCGUUUUUCUUAUUGCACAAUAAUAUUUCUUUAAAAUUAAAGAUGUGCUUAUGCCUAAAGAUGAACUUUUACCGUCUUCUGGCAUCUUUCUUGAUCUACCUGCCCUUGGUUUGGUAUCAAGAGAUUUUAUCAUAAUAAGCGAUUAAACAGUACUGACAGGCA